ACUCUUCAGUCUUCUCGCAGCAGCCGAAAGCCCGAAACCAAAGGAAACAAAGGAAAAAAAAAACAGACAUACACAAAAACACGGGAGAGGUGACAUUAGGGAUGUUUUGGUUAGCAUUUCUCGUCGUCACCAUUUCCACAGCCAUAACGGUUGCCCAUUGGGCAUACAAAUGGUCCAACCCAAAACCCACAACCAGCCCAUCGACCAGCUCCCAGCUCCCGCCCGGGUCGAUGGGCUGGCCGCUCAUCGGCGAGACGUUCCAGUUCUUCGCCCGCAGCGACUCACUGGAGAUCCCUCCUUUCCUGCGGGAGAGAAGUGAGAAGUACGGGAAGAUAUUCAAGACGAGCCUGGCCGGCCGGCGGGUGGUGGUGUCGUCGGACCCGGAUUUCAACCACUACAUUCUCCAGCAGGAAGGCAAGCUGGUGGAGCUCUGGUACCUGGACUCGUUCGCGGAGAUCAUCGGGCAGAGUACGACGUCGCUUAAGGAGGCCUGGAACGCGCAGGAGCUGCACAAGAGCUUGAAGAAGUCGGUUUACGAUCACAUUGGGGUGGAGAGGCUGAAGGGGAAGCUUGUGGGUCGGAUGGAGGAGAUGGUGGGUCGGACCCUGGAUGGGUGGGCGGGUCGGGCGGAGGCGGAGGAUCGUGGUGGAGUUGAAGUCAAACGCGCUUGUUCUAAGAUGGUGAUGGAGUUGAGCUCAAAUAUAUUGUUCGGCCACGACCCAACCAAGUUCCACCAACAUUUGAGCGACAUGUUCGAGAGCUUCACCCGUGGCUUGCUCUCGUUCCCUCUCAAAAUACCCGGCACCACUUUCCACGCCUGCCUCCAAAGUCAGAAGAAAAUCCUGAGGAUAAUAAUGGACGUGAUAGAGGAGAGACGACGACGUUUGGAGGAAACCGCGCCCUUGGAAACGCCGGCGGUCGGAAGAAGAGGCGGCGGCGAAAUCGACCUGCUCGACCAGCUCAUCGACGACGCGAGAACGAAGGGAUUCCCCGACGAUAAAGGCAUCAGUUACCUCAUCUUCGGCCUUCUUUUCGCCAACGCAGAGACAAUUCCCAGUGUUCUCACCCUUGCCCUCAGCUUCCUCGACGACCACCCUCUUCUCCUCCACCAACUUGUGAAAGAGAACGAAGAGAUUCUCCGCAGCAGAGGAAGCACGGGAGGAAACGGGUUGACGUGGAAGGAAUACAAAUCCAUGAGUUUCACCAUGAAUGUUAUCAACGAAGCACUACGACUAAAUGGUUCAGUUGGGAUAAUUCGACGGACGAUUGAAGACGUCCACAUAAAUGGAUACGUGAUUCCAAAAGGAUGGACAAUAGCAGUAAUGCCAACAGCUGUUCACAUGAAUCCAGAUGUAUACCAAGACCCUCUUUCUUUCAAUCCUUCCAGGUGGAAGGACAUAGGAGGCAGCACUAGCACCAAGAACUUCAUACCAUUUGGAGGGGGAAUGAGGACGUGCGUCGGAGCUGAGUAUAGUAAAGCCCUCAUGGCAGUCUUUCUACAUGUUCUUGUAACCAAAUACAGGUGGAAAAAGGUGAAAAGAGGACGCAUUUACAGAGCUCCAACACUGCAGUUUGGAGAUGGUUAUUUCAUUCACAUCUCCAGGAAGAAUGAUUAGUUAUUAUAUGCAUGUUCGAACAUUGUUAUAGUCGGGACAUGAUAUAAUGUAACGCUCAUAGUCCGAUUCAUAAGUUAGUAAAUAAUGUUAUGGAAUACUUCUCGUGGUUAAGAGACAACCAUUUAUUUGUCAAUAAAUAAUACUUGUAUUUGAUCACCUUUUUUUCAAUUACGAUUAACUUAGACCAUCAAUAGCAAUAUAGUAGCAAGAAAGGUCGAAUCAAUAACUACUAGCUAGUAAUGAUCUAUAUUUUCCUAUUAUCUAACCAGUUCUUUUUUAGUGAUUUUUAACUAAUAUAAUUAACUACUAAAGCAUGAAACCGACGAGAACACAAUUUAACUAAUAGAAAACCAAAUCGAUAAGGAGUUGUUCAGAUUUGAAUCCCCCUAGCUAGUUAUCAAGAAUCAAGACACAAUACAUAUAUAUGAUUUAUUAUUCCAAGACUUUAGGACAAACCUUGAUACGAGGUGGUCGAGCAUAUGGUGGUGGUUUUACUGCUUGAAUCACAUCAACCAAGUCAAGUAAGGGUUCCUCUGGAGGUAAUGGUGAAGUUGGUUCUGUCGUAACGGAAGCACGUAAUCGACGAUCCAGAUCAACAUAAAUGAAUACAAAUUUAAUGUGGUUCACUAACACAAUGCGUGCUAGCUAAUCCACGGGCAGGAGAGUACAAGUUACAAAUAAAAUUCCAGAACGGACAAACCAAACAAACUAACCUUUUCCAAACAUACAAAGAAAAUAUCAAAAUAGAAAACCAAACUAUAGAUUAGGGUGAUGAAGAGUAUUUAUAGAACUCUUUUCCUAAUUUCAAAUAGAACCAAACACAUUUUUCCGAACAUACAAGGAAAAGGUCAAAACAUAACCCAACACAAACCCAAACAAAAUAGGCCAAACACAAAACAAAGCCCAAAUCAAAUUCAAAUCAUAUUCUAACAAUCUCCACCUUGACUUGAAUUCUCUCUCAAAUACCAGAUGUACCAGACGCAACCAAAGUUGUCAGAUGUACCUAGAUGUGAUAUAUAUUACCAAACUCAAACACGAUGCAAAUCGCUAGACGUAACAAACUCUCUAAAGCUUCAAAUGUGACAGAAUCUCCCCUACCUCCAAAUGCCCCUAAGGGCGGUCAACAAACCAAACCAUUCGAGAAGUCCAACCCAUGUUGAGACUUGCCAUUCGGAAUCAGCUUGGUGCACUUAUCACCAACAUAACAGGUAUAGAUAUAACCUUAUAGACUAUAUAAGGCACCAACCUUAACACCUUUCAGAAUCACCUUAGAACCUUUGUAGACAGACAACACUCCACCUUCACCUUUGAAACUGAAAUCCUUGUUGUCUAGUGGACUCAAAGAUAUCAUAUUCUUAGUCAUCUGUGGAAUAUGCCUAAUAUUGGUCAAGGUGAAAACAGAACCAUUAUGUGUCCUUACCCUGAUGGAGCCUUUUCCAACAAUCUUGCAGAUAGCACCAUUGUCCAUAGAAACAUGUCCUCCAUCUAUAUGCUCAUAAGUUGAAAACACUCCCUGCUUGGACACAUAUGAUAAUCACCUGUAGUAUAUAAAUACCAUACAUCCUGAUGAUGUACCUUCUCACUCACUAUUAAGGCUAAACCAUCUUCAGAAUCAAAGUUAGCUUCUUUCGCCACAGCAACUGAUGUUUCCUUCUUCUCCGAAUAUUUCUUUUGUUUAGGAAAAUCAAAUUUCUAAUGACCUUUCUCCUUAUAGUAAUGGCAUAUAUCAUUAUCGUUCAAACCAACAUAUUGUUGUCUUCUACUACCAGUAGCAGCCAACCCACACGCCUGAUUUUCCAAACCUCAACCAGACGCCUUAUGUCAAACCUCUCUAAUGUGUAGAGCAGAUCUAACAUCUUUCUAAGUCAACCUAUCUUUCCCAGCAAUAAAAGAAUCAACCAAAUUCUCAUACGAGCAUGCCAAAGAUACUAACAGAAUUAAUGCAGCAUCUUUGUCAUCCACUUUAACAGCAAUAUUUUAUAGAUCUAACAAGAUAGUAUUAAUUUAAUCUAGAGCAUUCCUGAGAGACGUACAUUCCUCCAUAUGCAAACUGAACAGACGUUGCUUCAGAUUCAACUUGUUGGUUAAAGACUUUGUCAUAUAUAGACUUUCAAGCUUCAACCACAAGCUCACGACAGUCUUUUCAGUAGCAAUCUCAAUUAUUAUUUCAUCAGCCAAAUAAAACAAGAUUGUAGACUGAGAUUUCUCCUCCAAAGUACUUCAAUCUUCUUCAUCUUUGCUUUCUUUUUUGGAUUUUCCAGACAAUGGUGCCCACAAACCCUGUUGGUUCAAUAGUGCUUGUAUCUUGAUCUGCCACAAACUAAAACUGUUUCUCCUAUUGAACUUAUCAAUCUUCAUACUAAUAGCAGCAAUUCUUACUAUGAAACAAACUCCAACCAAACUUCUCACCAUACACACCAAAUUAUUCCAAAACAAACCAAUCAUCCAAUAAAUAUCAAAUACCACGAGGUGAGCUAAAAAAAUUAGCAAUAAUUUAUGUGCCAAAUUUCUAAAUUCCAACCAACGGACACGUAGUCCAAAACUUUGCUCCACAAAUACUUCUUCUUCCAAAACCAAUUGGUACUUCUCUGCUCAGUCCGAGUAUCCCUCUGUACCACAAUAUCAAUUGGGUGAUAAUUACCACUCAUACAAUUCCCAACUCCAAAUUGAUAGCGUACGAAAGGAAUAUUGACGUAAACAGCACAACACCAACAAAUUCCAGAUAGGGGGAAUGCUCUGAUCCCAAACUUGUGUGCAAUUCUCUGAUAACAAAACUAGGGUUCUGAU